AUGGAUUCCGGCGAUGCAGAUAUUCCUACAUACCAGCCCAUUGGUGAUGUUCACGUGUCCCCAAAUUCUGGAAGGAGGACAUUUAUACCAGAUGUCGACGAUUCGAUUAAACCUCAGAUGCAUAUGACAUAUGCUAAGGCGGGAGGUUUCACAGCUAGGAAGGGUACUCAACACGAGCCUCAAAAGGGUGUCAUACAUAAUAAACACUUCCUAAGCUCAAAAGAGGGUACUAAACCCUUUAAGGCGAUUGACUCGACUCAGGAAGCCGGUAGUUCUAAUGAUAACUCGAAGACUAAGAUUAAUCCCAGGGUUCCUUCUAUAAGGACCGGCUAUGAAGCAGGCAUUCGGGUUAAGUUAACCCAGAAUAAUCUUUAUGAGGUUUAUUACUUCGAGGGGUCGCAUAAUCACUCAUUUGUUGCUGAAUAUGACAGGUACCUGCUUCCUGAAAACAGAGGAAUUAAUUACGUACAGGAAGAAGCCGUAAAUACUUUGAGUGCCAUAAACGUUGGUCCAGUUAGAGCGUUUAACAAUAUGAGGACUCUUUAUGGAGGGUUUAACAAGGUAGGUGCCACAAAAGUUGACUUCAAAAACUUCAAGAGUGACUUAAAUAUGUAUAUAGCUGAGUACGAUGCUGACAUGGUUAUUAAACGCCUAAGAAGGAAGAAAGAAUUUAUGCCCAAUUUCUCUAUGGAAUACCUAACAACUGACGAUGGCAUUUUACGGGCGUUGUUCUGGGCCGAUGGAGAUACAAAGAGAAAUUUUCAUAUGUUUGGGGAUGUUGUGUCUUUUGAUGCUACUUAUCAUCGUAACAAGUACAAUAUGAUGUUCGUACCUUUUACCGGCAUUGACAAUCACUAUCGUAAUGUUACCUUGGGUGCUGCUAUAAUAGGUAAUGAAAUCGCCGAAGCAUAUAGCUGGUUGCUUAACGCAUUUCGGCAGGCAUUUGGGCGCGCACCACCUGUGAUUGUAACUGAUCAAGACCUAGCGAUGAGGAAAGCUAUUCAAGAUACUUGGCCUGAAAGUAGGCACAGUCUUUGCAUGUGGCAUAUAAUGGACAAACUUACUACCAAGUUUUUUAUAUCUGAAUAUGUGGUUGGCGCCAACCUAUGCAAUAGCACUGAUUUUAAGAAGAGGUUGUGUGGUAUUUCAAUUUAUCAGAUUAGGGAUACAUGGAUCCCUGCGUACUAUCGUGAUGAACACAUGUCUGGGCUGAUGCGUACUUCAUCACGUUCGGAAAGUGAGAACCAUUUCUUUGGGCAGUUUUGCAACCCGAACUGUAUGCUUGUUGAAUUCUUGGGGCAUUUUGACUCUGUAAUUGAAGCCCAAAGACACGAGCAUAGGAAGAAUGAUCACGAUACUAGGCACACGAACCCCGAAAUAUUUGCAAAAGAGUUUGUCUUAGAACAACAGGCGGCAAACAUAUACACACGGACAAUUUUCUUCGACGCACAACUUGAAAUUCGGACAGCCAUUCACAAGUGUGGUAUUGGAAAAUGGGAUGAAAGAGAGGAUAAUUUUGUGAACUUCUCUGUGAAGGACUUUUCUCAAACGUGUACUACAUUUUUUCAGGUUAUGAUGCGGCAACUAGAUAUGACUAUGAGUUGUUCAUGCAAUAGGCAGUUCCCUGAAAGGUAUAUAAUGCGACGAUGGACCAGGGAAGCUGUUCCUAAUAGUGCUCCUAGAGCGAUAUUAGGUAUUAAUGAAAGUGAUGAUCGGUACCAGCAAGUUAAUGGUGUUGUACGGGAGAUAAAAAGGGACCAUGUUGUCCAGUAUCAAUUGACGCCUGAUCAGGCAGUUGUAAACGCACCCCCUAGGAGUCGUCGCGAUAGGUUUGCUGAAAUAACUGGCUACACCCAAGAAACACCUGUAAUUGUUCGCAUGUCGAAAACCACUAGAUUUAAAGGUAUGGGCAACCCUACGAGAAGGAAGAGUAAGCGUGAAAUUGCCAUUAGUCAAUCUGGGAAAAAAAGGGUCGUGAAUGUAGCAAUUGCAAACGUGGGGGGCAUAAUAUACGUACAUGCACGUACCCGGCAAGGGAAAAGAACGAUGACUCCUCAGAAAGUGAUGAAGCGGCGGGUGAAGGAGAUGACGAAGAGGAGCUAG